UGACCUGACUGAAGGGCCGGGGAGUGGGCGGCGGCGGUGACAGCUGCCCCGUUGUCGCCGCGAUGGCGACGUUCGUGACGGUGCAGUUGAAGAAGGCGGCCGAGGUGGACGUGGCGCGGCCGCUGACCAAGUUCAUCCAGCAGACGUACCCGGCGGGCGGCGAGGAGGCGACGCAGUUCGGCAAGGCCGCGGAGGAGCUGAGCCGCCUGCGCCGGGCCGCGCUCGGUCGCCCCCUGGACCGUCACGAUGCGGCGCUGGACACGUUGCUGCGGUAUUAUGAUCAGAUUUGUUCCAUCGAGCCCAAAUUCCCAUUUUCUGAAAACCAGAUCUGCUUGACCUUUACCUGGAAGGAUGCGUUUGACAAAGGAUCACUUUUUGGAGGGUCUGUAAAACUGGCGCUUGCGAGUUUAGGCUACGAAAAGACGUGUGUGCUGUUCAACUGUGCGGCCUUAGCGAGCCAGAUCGCGGCGGACCAAAAUCUGGACAACGAUGAGGGCUUGAAGGUCGCCGCUAAGCAUUAUCAGUUCGCUAGCGGUGCCUUCUUGCACAUCAAGGAGACCGUCUUGUCCGCGCUGAAUCGAGAACCUACGGCUGACAUAGCUCCCGACACCACGGGGACCCUGAGUCUCAUCAUGCUGGCCCAAGCCCAGGAGGUGUUCUUCCUCAAGGCCACCAGAGAUAAAAUGAAAGACGCCAUCAUAGCAAAACUGGCCAAUCAGGCUGCUGAUUACUACGGAGAUGCGUUUAAGCAGUGUCAGUACAAGGACACCCUCCCCAAGGAAGUGUUCCCUGUCCUGGCGGCCAAGCACUGCGUGAUGCAGGCGCACGCGGAGUACCACCAGGCGGUGCUGGCCAAGCAGCAGAAGAGAUUUGGGGAGGAGAUCGCCAGGCUGCAGCACGCAGCAGAGCUGAUUAAAACGGUGGCGUCUCGGUACGACGAGUACAUCAGUGUGAAGGACUUCUCUGACAAGAUCGCCCGGGCCCUGGCGGCCGCCAGGAAGGACAACGACUUCAUCUACCACGACCGGGUUCCGGACCUGAAAGACCUGGAGCCCAUCGGCAAAGCCACGCUGGUGAAAGCCACGCCCGUGCACGUGCCUCUCAGCCAGAAGUUCACCGACCUGUUUGAGAAGAUGGUCCCGGUGGCCGUGCAGCAGUCUCUGGCCUGCUCCAACCAGAGGAAAGCCGACCUGGUGAACAGAUUAAUCGCCCAGAUGAGGGAGUCCACCAAUCUGGCCAACGGGGUCCUGGCGUCCCUCAAUCUGCCGGCGGCCAUCGAAGACAUCUCUGGGGACACCGUUCCUCAGUCUCUUUUGGGCAAGUCGGCUGCCAUUGUCGAGCAGGGAGGGAUCCACACGGUUGACCAGCUGAUCCAGGAUCUGCCCGAACUGCUGCAGAGGAACCGAGAGAUUCUCGAGGAGGCUUUAAGGUUGUUGAACGAAGAGGAAGCGACCGAUAAUGAGCUAAAGGCCAAGUUCAAGGAGCGCUGGCAGAGAACGCCGUCCAACGAGCUCUACAAGCCUCUGAGGGCAGAGGGGGCCAACUUCCAGGCGGUUCUGGACAAGGCCGUGCAGGCCGACGGACGAGUCAGGGAGCGCUAUCAGUCUCACCGGGAUACCAUCGCCCUGCUGUCCAAGCCCGAGCCCGAGCUGAACGCGGCCAUUCCCUCGGCCAAUCCGGCCAGGACCAUGCAGGGCAGCGAGGUGGUGACCGUGCUCAAGUCCCUGCUGGCCAACCUGGAUGAAGUGAAGAAGGAGCGCGAGCAUUUGGAGAAUGACCUCAAGUCCGUGACCUUUGACAUGAGGGGCAAGUUCCUGUCGGCGCUGGCGCAGGAUGGCGCCAUCAACGAAGAAGCGCUCUCUGUUACGGAAUUGGACCGCGUCUAUGGGGGCCUCACGAGCCGGGUCCAGGAUUCCCUGAAGAAGCAGGAAGAGCUGCUGGAGAGCAUCCAGGUCUCGCACCAGGAGUUCUCCAAGAUGAAGCAGUCCAACAACGAGGCCAAUCUGCGCGAGGAGGUCCUGAAGAACCUGGCGGUUGCCUAUGACAACUUCGUGGAGCUCGUCGCCAACUUGAGGGAGGGCACCAAGUUUUAUAACGAGCUGACGGAGAUCCUGCUGAAGUUCCAGAACAAGUGCAGCGACAUCGUGUUCGCCCGCAAGACCGAGAGGGACGAGCUGCUGAAGGAUUUGCAGCAGAGCAUCGCUCGGGAGCCCAGUGCCCCCUCCCUUCCGGCCCCCGCCUACCAGACCUCUCCUGCGGCCGGGGGGAACGCGCCCCCUCCUACGCCGGCGCCCAGGACCAUGCUGCCUUCUUCGAAGCCCCAGCCCCCGGCCCGCCCUCCGCCUCCAGUGAUCUCAGCCAGUCGCACCGCCUCUGCUUCAGCCAUGGGGACUCCUGCUCCGGCUCCAUCUCCGACACCUGGGCUCCCCGCAUCUGGCACGGCCCCCAGUCCGGCCCCCAGUCCGGCCCCCGGCACGGCCCCGUCGCAGGCCCAGGGACCACCGUACCCCACCUACCCAGGAUACCCGGGGUAUUGCCAGAUGCCAAUGCCCAUGGGCUACAACCCUUACGUCUACGGCCAGUAUACCCUGCCUUAUCCUCCUGCCUACCCUCAGAAUCCUGCCCCGGCGCCCUACCCGGGGCCCCAGCAGCCACACUACCCGUUCCCUCCGGCUCCCCAGCAGCCGCACUACCCGCAGCAGUAGCGCCUCCGCGGGGCCCGGCUUUAGGUUAGGGGGCGCUCGCAAUAAGCCUUCUCCGCCUCAGCCCCCUAACGCACCGGACUGUGCCCGAGGCACUCCGCGGACCCCACGCCAUGGAGAUCAUCCUGGCAGGUAGCGCACGGGCAGAGGAGCUCGCGGCCGGAAGCGGCACUGUGCCCGCAGAGGACGGGGUGAGUGCCCAUGGGUCUGCUUGGGGUCUGCCUUCUGCGUUUAGUUUUCAGUAUGCUAUUUUCUGACAGAAUCAGAGCCUUGUAAAUCUGGUAACUUAAAAAUAAAUGACUUAACUGGGUUUUCCUUACGCUUUGUCAUUAAUUCUCACCGGGCUGGCUCCCUGCUGGCCCUGGCGGCCUCGGGCUCCCUGCCGGCGGUGCGUGUAGUCAAGGGCCGCGCUGGUGGGCAUUCAGCCUUCUGGGGCCCCAGCAGCAGAGCCCAGAGAGAGGCCGGUGGGACCUCGAGCACCAUUUUUGUGAGUAGGUUUUGGUCGGAACACUCUGUUUGCUUUGCUCUUUUUGGUUUGGAUUUUCAUGACCUUUCUUUUCCGGAUCUUUUAAAUACAAAGGCAUCACCUGGAACGUUGAGUUCCUCCCUCGGGCUCUGGGGGAGAGCUUUCCUUGUCCCCCUUCCCCGGAGUAGGGACCAUGUUCUGGGGCAUCUGGGUCGGGGAGCCGCCCCCACAGGAGCAGGGCCCCUCCCAAGCUCUUUGUGGGAUGGCUCUUACUUAAAACCCCCAAGUGUACUUCAUGUUUAUUUUCUGUGACGGGACAGCCGACUUUUUUGUUAAAGGGGCCAAAUCGGUCAAAGAUGUUGUUAAAGUUGUCCGGGAAAUGUGGAAAAAUGCUCUGUGACUGUAACUCGCCUUGGGCUGCGUGGCUGCCUCGGCAGAAGGAGCCUCGGCCUCCGGCUGGGGGAGGAAUGCCCUGAGUUAGGAACGAGGCUGACCCCUAGUACCACAUGGCUCCCGAUGAGGAAUUGGCUCCAUCCGUGGCUUCCCCUUCAGGAAAAGGGGGACGGACCUGGAGGCAGGGGCCCAGCUUUGAGUCCUGAUGGGUCCUGCCCACACAGGAGGGCCCCCAAGAUCCCUUUCCACCUGGAAAGCUGUGAUCUUGGUAAAGUGGUCAGCUCCUCAUCUUCCUGGCUCCAGGCCCCGCUCUGUCCACUGGGCCACCCAGGAGGGGGUCCCCAAAUUCUGGACUUCGCCAGCCUUUGGAGAUCUCACUUAUUCUCCAGGAGACUUCCAAGACUGUCAUUGGGGUUCUUUGUGACUUCUUGUAGUCCCCUUGGGGACUGCCCUCCUGGCGCUGGCUCCAUCUGCCGUUGGGCCACAGCUUCCAUCAGGCGAUGACUUCCCUGAGCACGUUCUCUAGCCCCUGGCGAGUCUUCCUCGGCCCCGGCCCCACUGUCAGACCUCUCACUUCCCUCGUCUCUGUUCCUGUUGCUAACGGGGCAGAGUUGCUACUUAUGUGGUAUCCAGUAGAGCCCAUGAUAUUUUUCUAAUUCCUCCCAGUUCAGGAGACCCCAAGACUGACUAACCUCAUUUGUUUGUGGCGUCCGAUCGGUGUUCAGAUAGAAUUAACGUGUUACGAGGAGCGAGCCGAGGCAGACCCGGUCCUGUAAUUUGUGCGUCCGUGCGCCCGGACGCCUGUUACUGGUUGGGAAGGAGCCUUUAGACUGGGGCUGGCUGCACAGAGACGCGGGGCUUCCAGGGAUGGAUGGGAAAGAGUUCUAUUUUUAAAGAAAACGAAUGUCCAGGUUUUGUCGCUGGCUUGAAAUUUCUAUUUUUGAAAACAAUCCUUUCUUACCACAGCAGGGCUUUCAGAUUCCUUUCUGAUUAUGAAACUUGUUGGAUGUUGGAUUAUAUUUUUAUUGUAUAUCUUUCAUUUAGGGAGAUUAUAAAGAAAUGGAAAUGUUGCAAUGACUGUACCCUAAAAAUAAAAGUUGGAAGAUUCUUA